CCCCACUCGGUACAGGGCCUUCGUGUGAAUCUAUCUGCCUACGUCAAUUCCUCGGGGGUUCGGCCAUGGCUUCCACCAUUCAUGACCCAAGGCUACUCUAUAGCAUCAAUAACAUCCGUGCCUAUCACCUGCAAAAUGGCGAGGAGACGGAACUUACUCCGUCUGGACCCCAGACUCUCUCGCUUCUAAUGGUUCCAACCAGAACUAGCACACCUGAGAACUCCUUUUCUACACCUCCCCCCAAUACCUCUGCUGAGGAUGACUUCUACCUUCACUUGCAUCUACCACCGGAGUUGGACCUAGCGCUCCCUGCGACUACCCAGAUCUUCCACCAGCAUCCAGACAGCUACUUGAUCCCUCGCUGGGAUUUGGGUCCCAACGCCGGUGUAUUCAUUCGCAUCCAGUUUCCGGGAGUUGGCUCCGGCCCGGGUAGGGUGACACAGGAUGAUGUGGAUACUUUUGAGACAAUCCUGGCCCAAUGCACUGCGUUCCUCGAACGCGCACCCCCGCCCAGUGACCAUGCUCCGUAUAACCCUGCGGCAUAUGCGCCUAAUGAGGGGUACAUCUCUUCUCCCGGUACUAGUCAGGAUGACUCACAUGGGCGGAUUGUUCUCGUGGAUGAGGAGGAUGGCAGCGUGGUUGGUGAGAUGGAGGGGUAUGAUGUGGUGGAGAAGCCCGGGGUUCAACCUGGCUCGAAGAGACCUGUGGAGGUUGAACUCCCUAACGAAGGUGAAGGCAAUCAAGUCAGGGUCAGCAAUGUCUCGGAGGAAUACCUGCGGAUGGCCCGUCACCCGGCCUACAAAGACUCGACGAUUGUCCAGACAUCAGCGACAGCCUCCCGAUUGAUUGUAACCGGAUCUUCUUACCUUGCGAACAUCCUCACAAGCGGCGCGGAGAGUUUCACCAAGAAGACUAAACCCAACCCCAAGCCCAUGACCUUCUCGGAGACCACACACUCGCGGAUCAGAAGGGUCGGCACCUUUUCACAGGGUGCUGCCGAUCUCUCUGCUAAGACGGUUGGGCAGGUGGGUAAAUACGCACAGAACAUUGGUGCCUCUUUGGCCCGUCGCAAGGAGAAUGAUAGGCAAAGAGGGACAGAGAGGUAUGGAAACGACUACAAGCCGGGCAUCCUGAACAAGUCGAUGAUUGCGUUCUCGACUUUGACGGAUGGCAUCGAGCAGAGUGCCCGCAACGUGCUGAUCUCUGGCUCGACCGCUGCCAGCACCAUGAUUGGACAUCGCUAUGGCGAGCAGGCGGGCUCCGUGGCCUCCAAUCUCACUGGCGGUGUCAAGAAUGUCGGUCUGGUGUACAUUGAUGCCGCGGGUGUGAGCCGCAAGGCUAUGCUGAAGUCUGUUGCCAGAGGUAUGGUUGUCGGGCGCAUGCGAAACGGGCAACAGGUACUCAUCGGCACAGGUGACGGCGGGGAUGUUCCCCCUGGAGCAGCUGGUCCAAGCCAGCAACCUCAACAAUCUCAGCAACCUCAGCAACCUCAGCAACCUUGGUCAGGCCUUCCUCCGGUGAUGAGACGCCCAUCCUCGAGCGCGACCCCUCCACCGGCAUACGGUGCUCCGGGCACCACUUCACUAGGCGGUAUAUCCAUGUCAGGGGGUCGGCGUUGAUUCAAGAACACUUUCGCUAUAUCUAUGAUGCGCACCUUUUCGUUUAUUUUUCACCUGUUGUAUUGCGUUUAAUGUAAUGAUCUUAUGAUCUUAUGACUGAUGCUCUGGGGCUGAUUUGUUCUUCUGUUCGUCUUAAUUCUCUCUGAUGUAUCUAUGAUAUGGUCUUGCUGGGUUGUGCAGUCAAUGGUAUAGCGCUUGACUGCAUUCUGGUAAACAUGUAUUCGGUUUAUAUGACCACGUAUCUUCCUGCUUCCUAUAUUCUAUGCUGGAUUGGUGAUUCUCGACAGUUACCUGGGCCAUAUCCACCACUCAGUGGUUGACAGACCCCAUACAAUUGCCUCGUCCAAAUGCUGGAAUAGCAGCGCUCAUUAAAUUCUCCGGGCAUGGACACAGGUUAGGGGCUCCAUUCUGAGACUUAGCUAGAUAAGUAAUAUAACC